AUGUCGAUUAUGUCGUACUUUGUACUCAAGGUAAGUGACAACGCACCCUUGAAACUGACUGGCCAGUACGCGUUGGAACACAUGGAUCCCAACCGCCAGAAAAAGCAGGACGCUAAGAAAGUAUCAGAGACCAAGCUUGGAAAGCUCGGUGUGAACCGAAAGGAUAUCAAACUGAAUGAAUACGAAGAGCAAAUCGCCAUGGAGCUGAUCUUGCCGGAAGACAUCCCCGUGACGUUCGAAUCGAUCGGCGGUCUAGACGGUAUUAUCUCGAGCCUGCAGGAGAGCGUGAUUGCACCUCUUUGCUUCCCCCAACUGUUUAGCAGCACGAACGGCUUGCUCGGCGCACCCAAGGGUGUGCUUUUGUACGGUCCCCCUGGUACUGGUAAGACGAUGCUGGCCAAGGCGCUCGCGAAAGAAAGCGGCGCGACUUUCAUCAAUAUGCAUGUGUCGACGUUGACGAACAAGUGGUUCGGUGAGUCGAAUAAGCUGGUGGCUGCCCUCUUUGGCUUGGCGCGCAAGCUGCAGCCGACCAUUGUUUUUAUUGACGAGAUCGACAGCUUCCUGCGCGAGCGUGCAUCGGGUGAUCAUGAAGCAAUGGCUAUGAUGAAGGCAGAGUUUAUGACGCUAUGGGACGGUCUUACCUCAUCUAACGACCGCAUCCUUGUGCUGGGCGCGACCAAUCGCCCGGCGGACAUUGACGCAGCGAUUCUACGCCGUAUGCCAAAACGCUACGCUGUGGGGCUACCUGAUCCUGCGCAGCGCAAAAAGAUUCUGGCCAUCAUGCUCUCCAACGUGCCGUGCAACUCGUCGUUCAACUUGGACGAGAUUGUGCGCAAGACGGAAGGGUACAGCGGUAGCGAUCUCAAGGAGCUGUGUCGUAAUGCUGCCAUGGUACCUGUGCGGGAAGUCUUGCGUAGUCAAUCCGGCCGGGAGUCCGUCGAACGGGCGCGCAUCAACUCCAAGGCGGGCAACACUGAUGCCAAUAAUUUGGCGAUGACCGUGCGACCCCUGAAGAACUCGGACUUUUUCCAAGUGGAUACGGCGUUGCCAAGCAGCCAUACUGAGCAGGAAGCGCUGGAUUAG